AUCAGGACUAUUAUUGGAUGUAUGGAGUCAGUGGAUUACAGUAAUCCAGAGCACACUGAACGCUGCCGCUCAUAGCAUGCUAGAUCUGCUCUUCAAGAUGGACACGAAGAUCCUCAGUGUGUUUCUGCUGCUGUUCACUCAAGUUUUCAUUGGCGUAAAUGCACAGGGGGAGUUAGAGAUGCCGUGGCCUUAUGAAGAUGAGGACGAAGUGAGUGUGAAGGAAGUGGUGGAGAAUCAAACGCCGACGGGCUGCAACUGUGACUGUCAGGAGGCAAAACCCACCGGAACACCAGCGACCUGGACCUCCAUCAGCACCACGCCAUCCACACGCAGCCCCUAUCUGGACUGCAUGCCAGAGUGUCCCUACCAUAAACCACUGGGGUUCGAAUCUGGAUUGGUGAUGGCGGAGCAGCUUACCUGUUCAAACCAGGAUCAGUACGUAGGCUGGUUCUCCUCAUGGACCCCAAAUAAAGCCAGACUGAACAGUCAGGGGUUUGGCUGUGCUUGGCUGUCCAAAUUCCAGGACGCGAAUCAGUGGCUUCAGAUUGACCUCCAGGAGGUGAGGGUGGUCUCAGGUAUCAUGACUCAGGGCCGCUGUGAUGCUGACGAAUGGACAACGAAAUACAGUUUGCAAUUCCGAACCCAAGACAACCUCAACUGGAUCUAUUACAAAGACCAGACCGGGAAUAACAGGGUGUUUUAUGGAAACACAGACCGAUCCUCUACGGUCCAGAACCUGCUUCGUCCACCCAUCGUGGCGCGAUACCUGCGGAUCCUUCCUCUGGGGUGGCACACACGCAUCGCCCUACGCCUGGAGCUGCUCAUGUGCAUGAACAAAUGCAUAAUAAGUUAAGAACAGCUUUAGGAAACUGGUCUCAGAUCAGUAGGUAACAGGCAAUUUCAAAUAAUACCAUACAAGUGUAGCUUCUGUAUGUACAAAAUAAAACAAAUAACCAUUUUUGGUGUAAAACAAGACCUCCUGAAAGAGCAAUAGUCUUUUUUUUGCUUUCUGAAAUAAGAAUUAAAUAACUGCAAUAUUGACUCAAUAACUGAGUCAGAAAACAUCUGAACAGCCAUUGAGCGUUUGAGUCAACUAAAAAUAUUCUUAAAUUAACGUUAAGUAACUUAAAAUUUUAAGUUGACUAAACUAAUGCAGGGUUACCAAUUAUGUUUAAGUCAAAACAACGUUUUUAUUUUUUACAGUGUAGUGGCUGUUUCUGACUCACCACUACAACCAAAAUAAACCAUUAUCAUCUAAUAAAUGGCUCUAAAUAUAACCAGAAGUGGACUCACACACUGGUGUUAAUGUAAUUCACACGUUUUUUAAAAACUCCAUGUUAGAGACAUUAGCAAUUCAGUUAACAGAUGAAGAGACUCAGUGUUGUUUAUCAGGUAUAAAACAAAAUGGAAGAAUACAAUUCUGUUUUAAAAUUGCUGACUGCCCAGCUAACAAUCUUUGGUUCCCGGAGUGUACUGUAUAGGUUGUUUUUAGGUUAUUACAAUGUUCUGUGAAGGCUUGUUUAUAGUUUUUAAAAAUAAUUCCUAAAAAUAAACAUUAGCAAACAUUCAGUAUAGACUCACUUUAUGUUAACAAAAACUUUCCUGCAACAUUCUGAAAAGGUUAGCUUAUGGUUUUAAAAAUAAAAUGUAAAAAUAAUCAUUAAACAACAUUCCGUAUAGGUUUUCUUUAGGUUAUUACAAAAACCAAAAAUAUUCUUUUAAAAAAUAAAACCUAGAAAUAAGCAUUUGACAAUGUUCUGUAUAGGUUUUUAAAAAAAAUAUUUUAAUUUGUGUUCUAGAAAGGUUAGUUAUUAAUUAAUUAAUUAAUAAAAAAA